ACAUGUAUGCAAGAUAUACAUAUUUAUUUCAGCUGCUACUUUACAUUUCAGGCAUAUAUGCGAGCAUUCUACCAUGCUGGAUAUUCGGGUGUUCUCUAUCUCGAUUGGAGGAUCCUGAACGAUAUAAAAACGGUUUCUAUCGUGGGUGUAACAGAGACGUACAGUAUAUCUCCAUAAUAUAGCGCCCUCUAGAGAGCUAAUCCGGAGACUAGUGCCUUUUAUUCUCA